GUCGCUCUAACGCUGCUGUUGCCUGUUGUGUUGCCUCUAGCAGUGAUGGUGUGGUCGAUCUUUGAGUCGGAUGGUAGACAAGUUGGGUACGGACAGUGGAGAUGCUACUUGGAUUCUACUUUAUUAGUCGAGCUCACCAUGAUAGGGCCCCUGGCGCUCGUGACGAUCUGUAACGUCACGUUUUUCGGUGUGACCGUCUACAAGAUCCAGGAGGUCCGUGGUCUGCAGGUCAGCCAGCUGGGCAGGCGAGAUGACGUCACCAACCUGUACGUCUACGUCAAGCUCUCCUCCAUGACUGGCGCCUUCUGGCUGCUGGCCAUCUUAGCUGAGGCGUCCGACAACAGCGUCCUCAGGUACGUCUCCAUCUUGUUGAAUGGCUGCCAGGGUGUGCUCAUCUUUGUCUCCUACAUCUGCAACACGCGCGUGCUUCGUCUGUACCUGCCACAUCACGUGACCAGGUCAUCGUCUGACUCACCCUGGACGCACGAGACGUCUCUACGCUACUGACAGGCUGUAUGCUACUGACAGGCUGUACGCUACUGAC